GAUUUUUUUUUUUUCUUCACCCGAAGAAGAAACAGCACAGUCGUGGCGUGCAUUUUACAUUUUCCGGUGAAGGACUCCAGCCUCGGAACUAAACUUUGGUGAACAACGCUACAAAAAAAGCAUCCAGGCUUUUCAAAAAGAAAACAAGGGGAAAGCGACGUCUGCUGCAAAAAUGCUGGUCUUGUUUGAGACCGCGGCAGGCUAUGCCAUUUUUAAAGUUCUUGAUGAAUCCAAACUGCAGCAGGUCGACAGUUUGUACAAGGAGUUUGAGACUCCUGAAAAGGCAAAUAAAAUCGUGAAACUGAAGCACUUCGAGAAGUUCCAGGAUACGACUGAGGCCUUGGCAGCUGCCACUGCUCUCGUUGAGGGUAAAGUUAGUAAAAGUUUGAAGAAGGUGCUGAAGAAGGUAGUUGCCAAAGAGGCUCAUGAGCAGCUGGCCAUUAGCGACGCAAAACUAGGUGGCGUCAUCAAAGAAAAGCUGGAUCUGAGUUGCAUCCACAGCCCCGCCGUGGCUGAACUCAUGAGGUGCAUCAGGAGCCAGAUGGAGGGCCUCAUCUCAGGUCUUCCACCCAGAGAGAUAAGCGCCAUGUCCCUCGGCUUGGCUCACAGUUUAUCCCGCUACAAGCUGAAGUUCAGCCCUGACAAAGUGGACACCAUGAUUGUGCAGGCUAUAUCUUUGUUGGAUGACUUGGACAAGGAGCUGAACAAUUACAUCAUGCGCUGCCGAGAGUGGUACGGCUGGCAUUUCCCUGAGCUGGGGAAAGUCCUCACCGACAACCUGGCUUACUGCAAGACGGUCUGCAAAAUUGGGGACCGCACCAACGUGGCCGGCAGCGACCUGUCAGACCUGCUCUCUGAGGAAAUCGAGACAGAGGUGAAGCUGGCAGCCGAGAUCUCCAUGGGAACUGAAGUGUCUGAGCAGGACAUCAGCAACAUCCGCCACCUGUGCGAGCAGGUCAUUGAAAUCUCAGAGUAUCGCACUCAACUGUACGACUACCUGAAGAACCGGAUGAUGGCGAUCGCCCCCAAUCUGACAGUGAUGGUGGGCGAGUUAGUUGGUGCUCGUCUCAUCUCGCAUGCCGGUUCACUGUUGAAUCUGGCAAAGCACCCGGCCUCGACAGUACAGAUUCUGGGAGCGGAGAAAGCACUGUUCCGAGCGCUCAAAACCCGCAAGGACACACCGAAGUACGGUCUCAUUUACCAUGCCUCUCUUGUGGGCCAGACCACUGCCAAGAACAAGGGCAAGAUCUCCAGAAUGUUGGCCGCCAAAACGUCCCUCGCCAUCCGUUACGAUGCCCUCGGAGAGGACACAAACGCAGAAAUGGGUGUAGAAAAUCGAGCCAAGCUGGAGGCCAGGUUACGGCAGUUGGAGGAGAGAGGAAUUCGAAGAAUCAGUGGAACAGGAAAAGCAUUGGCCAAGGCAGACAAAUAUCAACACAAAAGUGAAGUGAAAGUGUAUGACCCGUGCGGGGAUUCGACGAUUCCCUCCACUUCAAAGAAAAGGAAAUUGGAAGAGAUGGAAGACACAUCGGAAAAAGAUCCUUCAACGCCUGUGGUGAAAGUCAAAAAGCCUAAAACGGAACCAGUGGUGGUAAAAUGUGAAACGCCCACAACUGCGUCUGAAGAGCCCCCCAAGAAAAAGAAGAGAAAGAUAAAAGACACCACUGAGGAUCCAGAAGAGGAGAAAGCAAGUGCUGUGGUGGAAGAGCCAUCAAAGAAGAAGAAGAAGAAAAAGGUCAAAGAGUUGGAAGACUGAAAAGAUCAACAAUGUAUAUUUUGUUUUAUGUUUUAUUUACGUUUUUUUUUUUUAGGAGAAAAAGUGUAUUAAGUUCCUGAUGAUAAAGAUACCCGUUGUCUCAUUUAUUUUACUGCAAAUUGUCUCAGAAGUUUCACGAGAUUGAAAAUGUUAAUUUUUAAUGACCUAGGUUAAAGAAUUUUUUUGUAAUGUAUUUGAACAUCUGUAUCAGAUACAAAUGCAUUUUAGUGCUUACUCCAAAUGACAACACUCAAGACUGCAAACAAUAUAUAUAUUUUAAUACGGCAGUGUUUUCUCAUGUUUCAACUGCAAUAUGUGGAAAUUAAUGCGUGUGAUUAUCUAAAGAGUGACAAUGUUUUCUGGAUGUGGCAUCUUCCUGUUCCAACAUGACUUUGCAUCAGUGCACACGUCAAGGGUCAGAAAGAUGGAUGAAAGACUUUGAUGUGAAUGAUCUUGACUGAUCUGCGCAAUCCUGACCUCAACCCUAGAACACUUCUAGCGGGAAUUAGAUCGCGGGCUGAGCGCCAGGCCCUCUCGUCCAACAUCAGUUUGUGCCCUCACAAUUGCACCCCUGGAAAAAAUGGACCAAUCCCUAUAAACAUACCUAAACCUUGCGGAAACCCAUUCUAGAAUUGAUAGAUAACACAAUGCAAAGGGAUGACCAAUGUCAUUUUAAACCAGAUUAAAAAUGGGAUGACAAAUUCUUACCUGAAUACCUUCAAAUUAA